ACGACGACGACGACCGGCACGGGGGACGUUCCGAGCCAAAGUGUGAAGAUAGUGGCCAAACUCCGGAAUUCCAUGAGCAAUAUCUAGGCGCAUAAUUAGCGAGAGUCGAAAAUUUUCGUUUCGUGAAUCACACUGCUAGGGGGAACGCGUUGUACGUGAACGUAAGAAGAAGAAAAGGCAGUAUUUGAAGAAGUGAGUGCUUCUGCGAGAGGGAAAUUGGUGUAAGGUGGAAGCAGCAGCAGCAAGAGCCUCGGGCGUUGCGUGGGAGUGACGAAAGAUUAAUUUGUGGUGCAAAAAGGUCCCGGAGUGUGGGAGAACCAACCGGAGAGCCCACGAGUGGAAUAUUUGUGGCCUGUGUUGCGUGUGUUUGUGUUGUGUUGGAAGAUAGCUUGAACAAGCUUGUGAAUUAGAAGCAGCAGCGCGCAGCAAAAAGCUUCAAAAUGCGUGAAUACAAAAUUGUCGUGCUCGGCAGCGGAGGUGUCGGCAAAUCCGCCUUGACAGUGCAGUUUGUUCAGGGUAUCUUUGUGGAAAAAUACGACCCCACGAUAGAGGACAGUUACCGCAAACAGGUCGAAGUUGACGGACAGCAAUGUAUGUUGGAAAUUUUGGACACCGCCGGAACGGAACAAUUCACGGCAAUGCGAGAUCUCUACAUGAAGAACGGCCAGGGCUUUGUGCUGGUGUACUCGAUCACGGCACAAUCCACGUUCAACGACCUGCAGGACCUCCGAGAGCAGAUUUUAAGGGUUAAGGACACUGACGACGUUCCGAUGGUGUUGGUCGGCAACAAGUGCGAUCUGGAGGACGAGCGAGUAGUGGGCAAGGAGCUGGGCAAAAGUCUCGCGAACCAGUUCAACUGCGCCUUCAUGGAAACGUCAGCCAAAGCCAAAAUUAACGUUAACGACAUUUUCUACGACUUAGUCCAACAAAUUAACAAGAAAUCGCCAGAGAGAAAGCCCAACAAAAAGAAGAAAUCGCUGUGCGUGUUGCUCUAAGUAAACUAUUGCUAAUAAUAACAAAGUAAUAAUAAAGCGAGAGGAAGCAACAAAAAAAAACGGUUCGAGACGUGGUUAUAAGGCAAAAAAAAUCGUUCAAGAUAAGAAUUAAAGAAAAGUUAUAAACAUUAUAUUAAUAAUUAAAACAAGAGGAAGCAGAUCGCGCCGCAAGGAAGUUGAAACAAAAGGAACGCGUGGCCAGCCACAAUUGGCACCUUCUCUCGAUCGCGCGAGAGAGAACCCAAAACAGACAGAACCCAGAAUUCGGUGUGGACAUCAUCAUUUCGGUGUGUGGAAGAGGUGUGUGUGGUGAAGAAGGUAAGACGCACUACUUACUUGAUAAUUUUUAAGCAAAUUAUGGAACGAUAACACACACACAUUCGAGCACACAAACAGCAAAAAGAAACAAUUUCAAAGAAAAUAAAAGAAACAAAAAAAAAACAGUAAACGUCGUCAUCGCCAUCGUUGUUGAAUGUGAUUCUUUCACCUGGACCUAUCUCUCUCUUGUACACGACAAAAGAAUUUAAAAAAAGCAAAAAAAUUAAAAAGGUAAGUGAUGUUGUGCCCAAAACUGCCACGUCGCCCACGUCGUGUGGUUACUCUUUUUCGAUAUACGAUAUCGUGAUUAUUUGGCUUCCAUUGCACACUCUGAAAACACAUUCACUCAAUCGCACACAACACAAUUUGUAGACGGACUCUUUUUUCAGUGAUUUGUUCAGUGGCAUCGUGUUGUGUUGUUUGGUCGGUGUUGAGAGUUGAAAACAAUAGUAGAAAACACACACCUGCACUGUUGCGUGCUUUUGUGCUAGAGCAAAUUCGGGAACUAAUGAGACUUUUUCACACACAAACAAACAAACAAAAGAAUGUAUAGUUGUUCAACACACACAGACUCGCAGCGUGCGCGCAGACACCGUUGUCAGGUUGAGUGAAACUCAACAGUAUUAUGAAAGAAACUUUCCAGAAACAAAAGAAAAAGUUUAAAAACCAAGUAGAUUAGAGAUGGACACUAGAUUUUGUACUAUUUUUAAAAUGCAGAACCUACACACACAAAAAAAACCCUUUUUCUACUGUCGCGUGAAUUUUUAGCUGUUGAGCAACGUUGUUGAACGAUAACGUUAUCGUCGAUAUUUUUAUCGUUAUUCGUUCAUGAUGUUUUUAAUCGGCGAACAUCGACGAUAAUCCAUUUAAAUUUAGUGUUUAAAUCAAACUUUAUUAAAAGACAGUUUUCCAAAAGUUUUAAAGCGUAAGUGCUCUAAAAAAUCCGAAAAGGUAUUUUUUUACAUACAAUUUUUUUUUGCCAAAUCCAAGCCUGUCAAAAUCGAAUAAAAAUGUUGCGUUGUUGAUACUCCAUUGCAAAUCAUUAACAUUAUUUAAUUAUUGUCGAAAAAUUUAGUUAAAAAAUGAUUUUUGCACAAAUAACCUCAAUUCUGUGAAAAUCCAUUUCGCAAUUUCAAAAAAGUUGAAAAAGAGUUUUUUGGAAAAAACUACUUUGUUGAAAUUUAAAAAUUUGACAUAAAAAUUAAAGAUGUUUCAAAAAUACAAUUAAUAUUUUGCUGUGUUUGAUACCGAUAUUGAAAAUUAAAAAAAAAACUGUUUUCAGAAAUUAUAAUUAAAAAAAAAUAUUUCACUCGAAAAAAAAUCAUGAAAAAUGGCUUCGUUUGAUAUCAAUAUUUAAAAUUGUUAUUUUUUUUUAUUCCAGAAAAACGUAUUUUAUAAAAAAAACUCAAUUUUUUUAUAGAUUGCGUUUUUUGGUACUCAAAUUGGCAAUUUAUUAAAAAUAAAUUGCUAAAAAAAAUAAAAUUGCUUCUUACGUUUUGUGUAUUUUACAAAUCACGAAUUUUGUAAAAUUCCAUGGGUAAUUUUUAUGGAUUUUCAACAACAAAAAAACGGUUUUAUGAAAAUUUGAGAGUUUUCCAUUAAAAAAUUGCAUCUUUUACCAAAUUUAAAAAAAAUAAAACGCUUGAAAAAUAUGCCGAAAUAUAUUUUUGAAAAAUAGCUUAUUUUGUGAAAUUUAUUUUCUUCCACAACAUUAACGUUGUGAAAUUCAGAAUUUGACUUCGUUUUACACGAAUUUUGCAAAUUAUAAAAAUAUUAAUAUUUUUCCGAAAAUACCAUAAAUGCAAAUCAUAAAAGUAAUAAUAUUUAAAAAAUGCGGGAUUUUGAGAAAAUUGUGUGCAAUUUCGCAAUUUAGUGUUUUUUUCAAAUUCUAGAUUGCUUCGUUUCGAUAUUUAGUUCAAAUUUUUAUAUUUUAACAAAUAAGUUAAAUUCGAGUGUUAAGUUUCUUUUACAGAAUCAAAUAAAUUUUCUCAAUAAGAGAAUAUGAUUUGAUCAUCCGAUUGGAUUUUUUUUCGAGAAAUUAAAAAAAACUUGUUAUUUUGAGUAUUUUAAAUAAAUUGCAUAAAUAAAAUAACGCGAAAAUCAAUUCAAUUUUUUCAGAAUUUUGUACCAUAAUAUAAAAAAAAGUAUUAUUCAAAAUUGAUGAAUUAUCAUCGAUUAAUUGCCGCUAAAAAUAAUCCCAGAUCGUUAACGAUGACGAUAAUAUUAUCGUUAACAGCCUUGCUCUUGAGCAUAGAGUGCAGAGCAAAAGAUGGCCCAGAAUCCUUCAUAAUCAUAGAAAUUACAAUAGAAUCGGGAUCGCCAAAAUUUACGGCACUCUUUGCUCUGUCAUAAAAACUAGCAACUCUGUUCCAAAAGUGAGAGAGAGAGAAAACGAAACUAACAAGUUUUGGAGUGCCAAAUGUGCAACUACUCACUCAUGAAAUCAAAUAGGUCCUCACCUCACACACACACACUCUUAAAAACUCCUCUUUUCAACUAAACUCCUGUUUUACUCCUCUCUUCCUCUAUCGAAAAAAAUAAAAUGUUAAAAUUAUCUUCUUCGCGCUUUCUCUCCCCCCGACGGUAUUUUAAAACAAAUCUCCCAUUCCAAAGGUGUCACUUUUACGCUCGCUCUUGAAGGCGGUAUUCGACUGCGGGAGACAAACAAAGUUUCUCGCGGUGGAAUACCACCCUAACUCUUUCGCAAACCAAUUUUAGACAAAGUUAAAAA